CCCCUCCUCUCUUUCCUCAUCCUUGUCUGGCUUGGGUUCAGUGGGCUCCACCUCUGCCAGCGGGCUUGCUGGUGGAGCCCGGGCGCACGGCUGUGGCUUGCCAGGUGGUGCCGUGCGGCGGCAUGGCCCAGGGCUGCGCACAGACAACCCCCAGAGGUACAUCGGCGUCACCCCAACAUACUUAUACUAUAUGUUCGUCGGCUUGGCUUGGGCAUGGAGGACGUGCGGGUGUCCUACGGGCCGCAGCACGCGCGCCAGCCGCACCCUGACCUCGACGUGCUCAUCGACCAGCGAUGGGAGGAGGCCUGCGCGGCCAACCCGCGCCUCUUCGCGGGGCCCAAGUUCCGGCUCCGGCGGAUCGCGUGGGCCGACGGGGGCUCCUCCGUGGAGCUGGACCUCGGGCCGACCACGUACAAGGAGUACCUGGGCACGAACAGGCUCGCCGCCGAGGAGCGGCUGCGGCUGGAGCGGGACGGCGAGCGCGACUGCGGCGACCGCGCAGCGCACCUCUCCAACGCCCUCGGCUGCGAGGCGCUGCUGAUCACCGCCGACGACCAGGUGGUGCUCCUCCGGCGCAGCGGCGCCGUGGCGACCCACUCGGGCCUUUGGAACGGCCCCAGCGGGCACCCGGAGCCCGAGCGCGCGGUCCCCGAGCGCGCGGGCGCCGAGCGCGCUGGCGGGGCUGGCGCCGCCGAGCCCUCGGAGGAGGCGGAGAGGCUCGUGCUGCGGGAGCUCUUCGACUCCGUGCUGCAGGAGGUGGAGGAGGAGACCAACGUGCCGAGGGGCUGCCUCGGGCCGCCGCUGCUGAUCGGCUGCAUGGCGGACGGCACGGGCAAGCCGGACGUGCUCUUCCUCGUGCGGACCUCCCUGGACGCGGCGGCCGUGCGGUCGCAGUUCGAGAAGGGCGCGGCCGAGGGCUGGGAGUCCGACCGCAUCGCCUUCCGCCCUGCCGCGUCCCUGGCUGCCGAGCUGUGCGGCGGCCCGCUGCGGCUGACCGCCGUCACGCGAGCGGCGUGGGCCUGCCUGCUGGAGCUGCGCCGGGCGGCCGCAGGGGAGGGGGCGGGCGCGUAGGCAGCGCGGAGGCACGGUCGCGGGCGCUGGCGGUCAAGCCGGGCUUGUCUCUCUAUACAGGAGGGAUCUCCAGAGAUAGUCAAACAAUAGUUAGGGGACGAUUUUUGACUACUCCUGAGCAUGUUCUGGCUAUUCUCAACUUUUCGCCCCAAAUCCGACCGUAGGGG